CGGCCGGCAGUUCCCGGCCUUACCUCCACCCAAAUUCUUGCGCAAGGCGGAUUCUGUUUUAGAGCACAGUACCACUCAUGGCCACCAAAGUAGCCGCUGCCGCGGUCGAUUUCACGCGGAUUUACUCAACCCUCGGUCUAGGCAAAGAGACUAUUGCCGCCCUCCAGGCGUUCCGCAAGCGGUAUGCAGAUGCUCAGCGUAUCCAUGGUCAAUACGCAUCGCAACCUACGACGGUCCUGAAGAACCAGGCUAUUGUUGACGAAGCCGAGAAGCUCUUCAAAGAUUUCAAGCCGGUCACGUACGAUGUGAAUGCACACAUAAAAGCUAUCGAGGCUUUCGAGACAAAGGCGGUGGCAAAGGCUCAGGAAACUGCUGAAAAGAUCGACGUUGAGCUGAAGGAGCUUCAGACUACGCUCGCCAACAUUGAGGAGGCUCGUCCAUUCGAGGACCUAUCUUGCGAAGACGUCGGCAAGGCACAUCCACGGAUAGAGGAGGCUGUUGCGACCAUGGUGAAGAAGGGCAAGUGGACUGUACCCGGUUACAAGGAGAAGUUCGGAGACCUUUCUCUCAUGUAAACUGGCUUGUAUAUCCCCUCUUUAGAAUAAUCGACAGUUGUUAGAACCUUUUCAUAUUGUGUGAUAACAAAGUGGGCUGCGCUUUGAGAUACGGU